AUGGCAAUGUUGUUUGCUAUUGAAAAUAUUGAACAACAUGAACGAUUCAUUCACGUAAGACAAAGUCGAAAUCCAGAAUUUAUUACAGACCCAUUUACAUACUCAGAUCGACUAUUCAUUAAAAACUAUAGACUAACUAAAGAACUAGUUACUAAUUUAGUUGAACUCGUAAGACCUUAUAUAGUGUCAAAGAGUCGUUUGUCUGCGAUUGAUUUAAAAACAAAAGUUUUAGUUACAUUGCAUUUUUUGGCUACGGAAUCAUACCAGUCACCUAUUGGUAACAGUAGAUUCACUGCUGUAUCCCAACCAACCGUAUCUCGCUGUAUAAGCGAGGUUGUUGCUGCAAUAAAUCAUCCUGAAAUAUUUCAUGAUUGGGUUAAGUUUCCCAAAAAUAUGGAUGAGCUCUCCAAAGUCCGCAAUGAGUUUUACAGAGAAACUGGAUUUCCUGGCGUUAUUGGUGUGAUUGACUGUACACAUGUGUCAAUUGUACCCUCUUCGAGUAAUUUAAAUAUGAACGAGAACCAAAAUUCUGAACACAUUUAUGUUGACCAUUUUUGCGAUUCAAAAUUACAAAUUCUCAAUGUGAAUGCACUAUUCCCAGGCGGUACCCAUGAUGAUGUACACAUAUGGAACAAUAGCAAUGUUUUACUUAUACUCCAAGAGUUAUAUAGACAAAAUUUUUAUUUAUUAGGAGAUUCGGGGUACCCUUUACGUCAGUAG